AUGUCAACCCAGAACAAACCCACGAUCCUGAUAACCGGCGCCUCGGGCAUGAUCGGCCCGCUCCUGGCGGCGCGCCUCCUGUCGACCGACACGCACCGCGUGGUGCUCACCGACGUCGUGGCCCCGACCGUGCCGGCAUCGGUGUCGCACCCCGAAAACGCCGUCUGCAUCCAGGCGGACCUGACCAAGCAGGCGUCGAUGGAGGCGCUCGUGGCAGCCAGCCAGCCGCUGGCGGCGGCCUUCGUCUUCCACGGCAUCAUGUCGGCCGGCUCCGAGGCGGACCCGGGACUGGCGCUGCGGGUCAACUUUGAUGCGACGCGAGCGCUCCUCACGCACCUCUCGGAGACGAACCGGGGCCUGCGCGUCGUCUACGCCAGCUCCAACGCCGUCUACGGGACGCCGCUGCCCGAGGUCGUCACGCCCGCCACGACGCCCACGCCGACGGGCACCUACGGCGCGACAAAGUACAUGUCGGAGAUCCUGGUCAACGACAUGACGCGCCGCGGGCUGAUCGACGCCUACAGCGUGCGCUUCCCCACCGUGUCCGUGCGGCCCGGCGCGCCCUCCAACGCCGCCUCCGCCUUCUUGUCCGGCAUCAUCCGCGAGCCCAUGGCCGGCCUGCCGUGCGUCGUGCCCGUCGCCGACCGCGACUUCCGCGCCACCCUGUGCACGCCGCGCGUCUGUGUCGAGAACCUGCUCACGGUGCUGCGGUGGCCUGCCGACAAGCUGCCGCCGCACACCCGCGCCCUCAACUUCCCCGGCAUCGUGAGCAGCGUGCAGCAGCUGCUGGAUGCGCUGGGUAGAUACGGCGGCGAGGACAAGGUCAAGCUGGUGAGCUUCGAGGAGGACGAGGUCAAGGGGAGGUUGCUGAGGAGCUGGGCCUGGAACCUGGAUUAUUCGAGGGAAAUUGCGCUGGGGUUGGUGCAGGAUGAGAGUACGGAUCAGUUGGUGAGGGAGUAUGUCGAGAGCUUGCAGAAGUGA